CCAACCAUCACUAAGAAAACACAUCACCAGCUUCCGUAGUUCAUUAACUUAGAGGCUAAUCACUCCCCAGAAAUUCAGAAAAAAAGAAUGGCAAUGCAGCUGAAGAAUGCUCUAGCCCUCAUUGCAUUGUUGUGCUUCUCAUCGAGUCUCGUCCUUUCGGUGUCAGCACAGAGCUCUGGAAUCGCAACCUUUUACACUCCGCCUUAUGUUCCUUCUGCGUGUUUCGGUUUCGAUGUGCAAGGGACAAUGAUUGCAUCGGCAAGUGAAUCGUUGUGGAACAAUGGGGCAGCAUGCGGGCAAAGAUUUGAGGUUACCUGCCUCAGCGGGACCAAUCAAGGCGUCCCUAAGCCCUGCCUUGGAAGUGGAUCUGUAACCGUGACAAUCGUCGACCGUUGCCCUGCCCCUGGCUGCCGAGGCACCAUUGAUCUGUCCCAGGAAGCAUUCGCCUCGAUCGCCGAUCCCAAUGCUGGAGCCAUUAACGUCUCCUUACAGGGGGCCUGAAGGACCAGUCAGAGACGAAGUUUAACGAAGCCAUUCUUUUAAAUCCUAAUAACGAACUUUUUCAUAGAGUUGUUCUAAUUCGAAUCCAUUCUGUCUGUCAUCUUAGUUGUAUUGUUUAUUCAUUUUGGACAUCGGUUUUGUAAUCCUUUCGAGCUAAAUAAAUCUCGAAAUCUAUAAUUCCAUCCCCACUUUGAGUGAGGUAUAAAGCUUUAUCUCUUGAAGAAACCCGUAACUGACACAUUCCAGAAAAUAGGAAAUCGUACGAGGAUAACAAAAGGCAAGUUGACCCAGUCAUCUUUCACAUAUAAUACUGCCACUUUCAGAAUCAUAAUCCAAAAUUUGCGUCAUUGACAAUCUUCU